AUGGCGGCGGCAGCAGCCUGGCCGGAGCUGGAGGCGGCGGCGCGGGAGCGGCGCAGGGAGCUGGCGCUGCCCGGGCCGGCGGUGGCCGAGCGGGUGGCGGCGGGGGGCGGGCGGCUGCCGGCCCAGCUGCUGGCGCUGCCACUGCUGCAGUCGCUGGAGCUGAGCGGCUGCCCGGCGCUGCGGGAGCUGGGCCCGGGGCUGGCCGCGGCCCUGCCCGCCCUGCACACGCUGGUGCUGAGCGGCAACGCGCUGGGCCCCGCCGGGCUGGGCGCGGGGCUGGGUGGGCAGCUGCCGGUGCUCCGCAUCCUCGACCUCUCCGGUAAUGGCCUGGAGGCGCUGCCCGCCGCGCUCGGCGGGGCGGCGGAGGGGGCCCCGGAGGGACCCGCGGCCUUCCCGCAGCUCCGCAGCCUCAACCUUAGCGGGAACCGCCUGCGGGAGCUGGGCCCGGGGCUGGCCGGCGCCGCGCCGCAGCUGCAGUCGCUGCUGCUCUCCGGGAACCGGCUGCGAGCGCUGCCCGGCGGCCUGCUGCCCCCCGGGACCGCCGGACCCUUCCCGCUGCUCAGCCGGCUGGAGGCGGCCGACAACGAGGUGCAGGAGCUGGGCGCAGACAUCGCUGCUCUGCCGGCCCUGAAGAGCCUGGAUGUGGCCAACAACCAGCUGCGGGAGCUGCCUGCUGCCCUGGCCGACUGUCCCCGGCUGAAGGAGGCCAAUUUCAGAGGCAACCAGCUGAGGGACAAGCGGCUGGAGAAGAUGGUCAACGGCUGCCAGAUGAAGGCCAUCCUGGAGUACCUGCGGGCAGGGGGGCGAGGGAAGGGCAAGGGAGACAGCUCCAGAGAGGAAGCCAGGAAGAAGAAGAGAGAGAAGCAGCAGAAGAAGGAUGGUGGAGAUGGGGAGCAGGAUGAGCUGGAGGAGGCAAGCAAGCUGCUGGUGAAGGUUCUGCACAUUUCUGAGAACCCAGCACCCUUGGUGGUCAAAGCCAGCCCGGGAGUCAAGGACGUUCGAGCCUUCAUCGUGUGCUGUGUGCUGCGGGGAGUCAGCCUCCAGCCUGGCAACGCACUGAGGAGGUUCCUGUCCCUGCAGACCAAGCUGCAUGAAGACAUCUGUGAAAAGCGGACAGCAGCCACCAUUGCCACCCAUGACCUGCAGCUGAUCAAAGCUCCUCUGACCUAUGAUGUUCAGCCUCCUGACCAGCUGAAGAUAGCCCCCCUGGGGCGAAAGGAGAUCAAGGCAAAGGAUCUUCUCCGUCAGCUGCAGCUGGAGGCAGAGGAGCAGAGGAAGCAGAAGAAGCGGCAGAAUGUUUCUGGACUGCACAGGUAUCUGCAGCUGCUGGAUGGCAAAGACAACUACCCCUGCCUGCUGGAUGCUGAGGGUGCUGUCAUCUCCUUCCCACCAAUAACCAACAGUGAGAAAACCAAGAUCAGAAAGGAAACCAGGGACCUGUUCCUGGAAGUGACAAGUGACACCAGCUUGCAGAUCUGCAAGGAUGUGAUGGACACUCUCAUCCUGAAAAUUGCAGAGCUGAACAGAUCUACCUUGGAGAACAAGGGGGAGUCAGGCUCAGAUAACGACUCUGAGGCUCUUCAGGGACCAGUGAGUCUGAACAGCCAGGCAGAGAACCUCCCACUGGUGGUGGAGCAGGUCCGAGUGGUGGACACGGAUGGAAACCUGAAGGUUCUUUAUCCUUCCAAGACUGACCUGGCCACGGUGUCCUCCCUGCUGACUGUGCUGCGUUAGCAGUGCCAGGGCUGAGGAGUCCUCUGCUCUGCUCUCUGCAUCUCCAGCUCUGCCCCUGGCACACAGCGAGGUGCUUUGGGAGCUCUGGAGGGAAGAGCUGGCAGCAGAAGUGAGGAGCCCAGCAGGGGCCAUGCAGCAGGCCAAGCUCCUUCACCACCCUCUUGUUCUGUGCCAUUUGAAUUGAUGUCUGGAGCAGCUGUGGGAACUUAGCUGCUGGUGGGACUGGAGGGUGAGUUGUGCUGUGCUGGUCUCUGUGCUCAGACAUAAACACAGCUCCUGUGUGUGAGUGAAGCUGACUGCAGGGCUUUGUGCCUCCUGAUGUGUUUCAGAGCCAUUCUCCACCCUGCUGGAAGUGCUGGUUGUAGUGACCUUGUUGUGUGCCUAGUGGGGCACAGCAUUUCUUGUUGCUUCUCAAGUUCAGUUCCCUCCUGAGGGCUGCUCCUGCCUUACCCCAACACCACCAGAGCUCUCUGUCUCCUCCAAGUGCUCUUGCUCAGUCACCCUCCUGGAGCUUUAUGUCACAGCCCUACAUGAUGAGUGCUGGGAACACCUUCCCUGACACACAGGUAGUGUGAGUGGCUCUGAUCUUUGCACUCUGUGGGUGACUUUUGCAUCCAGGCUACUGCCUGGGUGAACAGAAACCUCUCCAUGAGCUGAGGUGACUCCUCUGAGCACUGCCUGGGUGAACACAAAGCCCUCCAUGAGCUGAGGUGACCUACAGAUGAACUUUUGGCAGUGGGCAGUACUGUAAAGCUUGAGCUGAACUUGUAGAUCCUGUGUCAAAUCCAUCCACCUGUUGGGACCUGGAUAUUGAAUGGAAAAUAAAGCAG